ACCAAAUUCUAGCUGUUUCCUUCUUUCUACCUUGACCAGUUUGUGAUCCAGUUUGUGGCUGGUAGUUUUUGUUGUGUCCUUAAGCCCUCUGAAGGUGCCUGAAGACCUUGAGAUGUCUCCUGAAGACCAUGGGGCAGGACUGAGCUGGGAGAUCAUUGAUUCAGGCCAGGACAGCCGGUCUGGGGUCGGACCUCAGCUCACCGACUCCCUCAGACUCUUCCUCCAAGAGACAUCGGCUUUCAAACAGCAAAACCCGGGCAAGUUUUGCCUGCUGGUUUGCAGUGUGUGCACUUUCUUUGCUGUGUUAGGACGCUACAUUCCAGGGAUCGUUAUCUCAUAUAUUCUAGUGCUGGGUGUUUUCCUCUGGCCUCUGAUUUCAUCUCAUGAGGUCAGUUUAUGGCUGGAGCCAGUUCUGCAGAAGCUGGACUUUGGCAUCGGGGAGUUUUUUCAGAAAAUCAAAGAGAACCAUGAAAAGCGACUCCUGCAGGCUCAGACUGAGAAAGAGGGCAUUGAGUCAGACCUCUCCUCUAUGUUUCCCAAGCUCGACUCCACAGCGUGUAAAGAAAUGUCUGUCUCGGACACAGAGGUGUCUGAUGUUACGUGGACAGACAACGGUACUUUCAACCUGUCAGAGGGACACACACCACAGACUGAGAACUCAGAAGACCUGGACAGAGAAGAAGUGUUCGCCGGUGGCCUCCCUGAAUUCCCUUCGCUUGAUAACGGCACAACCACCAACGGCGACGACGACGAAGACCUCAGCCUCGGCCUUCCUUCACCCCCACCUCGGCUCCAGCAUCCAAUCAAAUCCAAGCAUGAACCUCAAGACCAGCCCGCCAACAAAGCCCUCGAAUUGGUCAACCAGAUGGCAGGCGACGUUAUCACUGCCGCAGUCACAGCCGCCAUCCAGGAGAAAAUAGAAGCGGCGGUCAGCUUCAUGUCACCAAGUGAAGACCCCGAGCGGGCGAGACUCACAGAAUCAAGCAGGCUGCUGGAGUUGGCGGAGGAGUCGGACAGCGAGGUGGAGGACUUUGAGCUGCUGGACCAGUCAGAAUUGGAGCAGUUGGAGGGGGAGCUGGGCCUCGGAGAGGAGAAGGCCAAACCCAAAGAGGAGGUGCAGACCGAUAAGCCUGCCUCUUCUGGCUUCUUCUCCAAACUCCUCAAACGCCACUGAUGGAUGAAAAGUUUGAAAGAGGAGGGUGGAGGGCGGGGGGUGUUUGCAGAGGACAUGUGGAGGGGAGGAAACAGAGCUUCAGUUUAGCUUCUUCCUGUUGAGCAAACAUCUACAUUUCAGAGCUGAUCAGAAAGUGCUGUGUUUUUUAAUUUUUAACUCAAACCAGACCACACCAUAUCAGCCUAAUCAUGGCUGACCAAACUGAUGGCACCUAAAAGGGUUUAUAUAAUUAAUGAAGGACCCACCCACUAUAUGUAUCUCCAGGCCUGUGUUCUAAAAUAUUAGGUCCCCCAUAAAACUAAACUGCAUUCUCAGUACUGUUGCAAUAGAAAAUGCUUUUAAAUUGUCACCAAUACAACAAGGCAAUCAUGCAUUAGGUGAGACAGGACCUCACACUGAUAAUCCAAAAAAUAAAGGUGGAGCUUAGAAUGUAGUUUACAGCGUGGAAACAUGUUUUAACCCAAACUAGGAACUUUAACUGAACCUAACCAGGUAGUUUAAAGCCUAAACUUAACCAAA